AUGGAAAACCAUAAUCCUGUGAGCAAUCCGAUUGUUCCUGGGCAACAAAUUAGCAGGGAUGAAGGAGGAGAAAAAACGGAUGCAACCCAGUUUAAACAGAUGUUGGGUAGUCUGAUGUAUCUCACAGCCACUCGACCUGAUCUUAUGUUUGUUGUAAGUCUCAUAAGUCGUUUUAUGGCCAAUCCCACAAAGCUCCAUCUUGCAGUCAUAAAACGAGUGCUAAGAUAUCUAAAGGGCACAAUAGAUUAUGGAGUAUUUUACAGGAGGGGUAGAGAAAAUUGCUUCGUGGGAUUUACAGACAGCAAUUAUGCCGGUGACAUGGUUGAUAGCAAAAGUACCUCUGGAUAUGUGUUUUUAUUGAGUGGAGGUGCUGUGGCAUGGUCUUCACGCAAGCAACCUAUUGUUACCUUGUCAACCACAGAGGCUGAGUUUGUAGCAGCUGCUGCUUGUGCUUGUCAGGCGAUAUGGAUGAGAAGAGUACUAGAAGACAUUGGCCAGUCACAAGAAGAGGCUAUAAUCUUAAUGUGUGAUAAUGUUUCAACAAUUAAAUUAUCGAAACAUCCUGUCCUACAUGGGCGCUCCAAGCAUAUAAGAGUAAGAUUCCACUUUCUUAGAGAUUUAGUCAAAGAAGGCAUUGUUGAUUUACAAUUCUAA